CCUGACAGGCCCAAAUGGUGAAAUGCCCGCUCUGCCCCGUACCGCCGCCGCCGUCGCCCACCACUACACUCGCCUCAUCACCGCCGCCGCCUCCUCCUCCCCGGCCUCCCUCCGCGCCCUCCUUCCCAUCCACGCCCGCGCCGUCGUGCUCGGCGUAUCCACCAACCCGGCCUUCGCCACCAGCCUCCUCGCCGCCGCGGCGCCCGCCUCCCUCGCCUACGCGCGCAGGGUGUUCGACGCCGCGCCUGAGCGCGAUGCCUACAUGUGGAACACCCUCCUCCGCGCGCACGCCCACUCCCAGUCGCACGCCGUGGACGCCCUCGCCCUCUACAAGCGGAUGCGCGCUGCGGGCGUCGCGCCGGACCACUACACCUACCCGAUCGUGCUCCCGGCCUGCGCGGCUGCCCGCGCGCCGCGGCUCGGGAGGGCAGUGCACGGCGACGCGGUGCGGUUCGCGCUCGCCGGGGACGGGUUCGUGCGCAGCGCUCUCAUCGCGUUGUACUUUCAGGAGGGGGAGGUGGCAGACGCCGAGCAGGUCUUUGGUGAGGGCCAUGGCUCUUCCCGGACGGUUGUGUCGUGGACGGCCAUGGUUGCUGGAUACGCGCAAAAUUACUUCUUUGGCGAGGCAGUUGCGCUGUUCGGCAGGAUGAUUGCUGAGGGUAUGCUUCCGAAUGAGAUCACUCUGAUCAGUUUCUUGCCCUGCUUGCAGGGCCAAGAAUGGCUGGAUGCUGGGGAGAUGGUUCAUGGGUUUGUGAUCAAGUUUGGAUUUGAUGCAAACGUUCAGCUUGUUAAUGCACUCAUCGCGAUGUAUGGGAAGUGUGGGAGCAUUGCCAUGGCAGAAGCUCUGUUUGAGGGAAUGACGGUCCGCAGUCUGGUUUCCUGGAACACAAUGGUCGCGAUGUAUGAGCAGCAUGGUGAUGCAGUUGAGGCAAUCAAGUUUUUCUGCAGGAUGCUGACUGAGAAGGUGGGGUUUGAUUUUGUGACUCUUGUCAGUGUUCUGUCAGCGUGCGCACGCUCAGGAGCCCUCGACACUGGCAAGUGGGUGCAUGAGUUUGCCCGGAAUCAUGGGCUUCACACAGAUGCAAGGGUCGGUAAUGUUCUUGUCGACAUGUAUGCAAAGUGCGGUGAGAUUGCUAAUGCAAGGGAGGUCUUUGACUGUUUGCAUGUACGGGGUGUUGUGCCCUGGAGUGCCAUGAUAAACGCAUAUGCCAACCAUGGGGAGUCUGCAGAGGCUCUCAAGCUCUUCUCCCUGAUGAAAAGUGAUGGGGUGAGGCCUAAUUCAUUCACAUUUACUGCGGUACUAGUGGCUUGUCGCCACUCAGGCCUUGUGGAUGAAGGACUGAAGCAUUUCAACAGCAUCCUGACAGACUACCAGAUGUCACCAACACUUGAGCACUACGCCUGCAUGGUUGACAUGCUAGGGCGUGCUGGUAGACUUGUCGAAGCAUAUGAAAUCAUCAGGAAAAUGUCAAUACGCCCAGACAAGUGUGUGUGGGGUGCAUUCCUUGGUGGUUGUAGGCUUCAUGGCAAUCUGGAGCUAGCUGAAUUUGUUGCCAAGGACCUCUUCCAGUCAGGCUCCCAUGAUGUCACAUUCUAUGUUUUGAUGUCAAACUUGUACUUUGAAGCUGGAAUGCUGGAAGAUGCGGAAAGGAUAAGAAGGACCAUGAAGGAGAUGGAACUCAAGAAGACAGCUGGUCGUAGUGCAGUAAACCAAUAGGGAAAGAAGGGACAUCAUGAGGUAGCAAACUUGUACAAUUUGUACUUCCUAUAUUAGUUAGCUUGAUCAUUGCUGAUUAUAUGCACUAACAUGCAUUUUUGAUGGUCAAAUUGCUUCA